AUGACGUGUCUUGGACCAAUUGGGCACCGGCGCCUGAUGGGCAUUCUCCUGCUGGGCUGCUUGCUGACCUGUCUACUGUACCGACCUGCUAUCACCUGGCUCCCUGUCCUGGCCAAGCACUUCCAGGCGGAGCACAAACAGGACGUUACCGUGCUGGUCUGGCACUGGCCCUUUGACCAUCCCUUCAAACUGAACUCCUGCAGGUCCUUGUACAACAUCGAAGGCUGUCACCUGACGGCGGACAGAGAGCUGUACAGUCAAGCGGAUGCAGUUCUCAUCCACCACAGAGAGAUCGAAGAGGAUUUAUCCAACCUGCCCCAAGAACAACGGCCCUCCUUCCAGAAGUGGGUGUGGAUGAAUUUCGAAUCCCCGGCACACACCAAUAGAAUACCUGGCUUGGAAGAUCUGUUUAAUGUGACUUUGAACUACAGGCAGGAUGCAGACAUCAACUUGCCUUAUGGAUCUCUCGUCCCUCGGACUAAAGAGAGGGAGGAGUUUGUCCCGCAUAAAAACCGACUGGUCUGUUGGAUCGUUAGCAACUGGAACCCAAAACACAAGAGGACUUGGUACUACAUGGAGCUGCGCAAAUUCAUCAGGAUUCACACCUACGGGGACCCUUUCAACAAAAAGGUAUCUCUUAGUGAAUACAGAAUGAUCGUGGCCAGCUGUAAAUUCUACCUGUCUUUUGAGAACUCCGUCCAUAAGGACUACAUCACAGAAAAACUUUAUAACGCUCUCAAGUUGGGCGCUGUUCCUGUGGUCAUGGGCCCGACAAGAGGGAACUAUGAGAAGUUCAUCCCUGGAGAUUCCUUCAUCCAUGUGGAUGACUUCCGCUCGCCCAGAGCCCUGGCCAAACACCUCCUCUUCUUGGACGAGAAUGAGGAGAUGUACCGUAAAUACUUCAAGUGGCAGAGGAUCCACACAGUCCGCAUCAACAGCUUCCCCAUUCAGAAUGCCUGCAACAGCUGUGAGUACAUCAGAGGCCACCCUGAGAAUCAGAUGGUUGCUGAGCUCUAUAAAUGGUUCUGGGAGGAGUGA